AUGGAACAGAUCCUGAAAAAUCAGCAGGCGGCGAUCGCCAUGGACGUGGCGACGCUGAUAUCCCGCGGUGAUUCCCUCGUGUACGACAAACAUCGCGACCAUCCGCUGCUCGCAGAUUACAUACAGGCCAACUACUUGGAUAAGUUGCGCACUGCGUGGUCGGCGGUAAUGUCGGAGAUAGAUAGCAAGCGCGCCGCCGCACUCGCCGCCGAGCAGCACGCCCACGAGCUCAAUACGAUAAUGCAACAACUAGCUUUACCAGAGUGGUCGCAGCUGGAAGGGCCGUCGGAUCUGGAACGCGUAGAGCGUGAUGUGGAACGCGCGCAGACUUUGGCACGAGAGCUGCGCGCGCUGCGAGUCACCGUUGAUGAUCGCGCGCUGCAACAAAUCACGCAGCGAUACCAACAAUACCGGGAUAAAUUGGAGAGUCCUUUGAGUCCUUCGAGCGAGGCGUUAGUGACGAAGAUCGCAGCAGCUCGUACGAUCGUCAACAAUACACGUACGCAGUUACUCUACACCCCGCCCCUCUCUGGUCGAGACUACGAUGACUUCCCGCUGCAGGAGGAUGCGCUAGCGCGUGUGAAGGCGUCGUUAGAUGAGGCCAGUGUGGUGGCGAGUGAAUGCGCAGCUGAAGCGACCAAGGCCGGCUCAAUACCGCAGCGGCUGCACACCAGGCUAGUGGAGGAACUUGCAAUACUCACACAAGACUACAACCGCCGAUAUGACAAAUGGGUUGUGUGCCGCGAGCAGUGGCGACGGCUGUACGAGUCGCUGGAGGGGGGCGGUGACGCGUUACAGCACGCACUGGAUGCCGCGCGGCAACACAAGCGCGACGCUGACGCUCAGUUGGCGAGCGUGCGGGGGGCGGUGGAGAGCGCGCGGGCGUGCGGGCGGGUAGUGCUGGGCGCGUGCGGGGCGCCGCUCUCUACACAGAUACAGGAGCAGCUUGACGCGCUCAACGCACGCUGGCAUCAAGCACAACACUACACACUAAAGGCAAAAAUAUCACAACAAGAAGACGAAAAUUGGGUAUCAUCAGCCACUGGGCAGCUGCAGCACGUUCGUGCGCUGCUGGCCACCAGUGCCAAUCCAUCGGAGCGUACCAGUCUCGCCAUCAGGCUCAGCCUUGUCAAGGCGCGCGAGGAGGAAGUGGGUCGGCUGAUAGAGACAGGUGACCCUCACCACGAGCGACUGCUGCGUCAACUGAAAGAGGCGAAGUCGGAGUUAGCUGCUCAUGCUUCCUUGGUGAGCGGCAAGUUGGUCGCGCUGGGCAAGUACUGCGCGCGGCUUCACGCCGCACACGAGUGGGCCACGCACGCGCGGGAUACGCUCGCGCGGGCGCACAAUCAGCGGGACAGGGACGCGCUAGCGAACGAAGUGUCGCAGAGAGCAGCGGAAGUGCACGAAGUACUAGAAAACUACAACAACAUGGAGCGUGAAUGUACCAGCGCGCGGUUAUCUGUCGCGCCCGAGUUGCGCGACCACGUGUUGCGAUUACGUCGCGAGUGGCCCCCGCUGAAACACUUGGCCGGAACACGUGAUUCGGUCGAGAGGACGCGCGAUUCGGUCGAACGUAUACGCGAAACUGGUGAGAAGACUCGUGAUUCGGUCGAACGUACGCACGAUUCAAACGAGCGGGUACGAGAUUCUAUCGAGCGCGCGCUUGAUUCGUCAGAUAGGACCCGCGAUUCGAUCGAGCGGAGACGUGAUUCGGUCGAACGAAGGCGUGACUCGACCGAGCGGACACGAGUUUCGGUCGAGAAGACACCGGAGUCGGUUGAACGGUCACAAGAGACUACUGAGUUGCAACGGCGCGGCUCCUCGGACUCUACACCUAGCGAUUGGAGCUCGCGCUCGUCGUCGAGGCGGCGGUCCUCGCAGCAGUCCAGCGCCGCACUCAUUGCCAACUUCGACACCGCCGCCCAGCAGGUAUUAUACAUUUUUUUAGUGUAG